CUCUUUGGUAUUUACAUGUAGCAAGGCACAGCCACACAGCCACUUUCUUUCUUUCAAUCCGAUUUGCUUGCGUCUGCGGAGUAAUUCAGGGUAAUCUCUGUUUCCAAUUGUCACAAUGGUUGCCGCAAAGAAACAGAAAAAGACUAUCGAGUCUAUAAACUCCAGAUUGGCUCUGGUUAUGAAAUCUGGGAAAUACUGUCUUGGUUACAAGCAGACGCUGAAAACUCUACGUCAGGGCAAGGCGAAGUUGGUCAUUAUUGCCAAAAAUGCACCUCCACUAAGGAAAUCCGAAAUUGAGUACUAUGCUCUAUUGGCCAAGACUGGUGUUCACCAUUACAGUGGAAACAACAUUGAAUUAGGUACUGCCUGCGGAAAGUACUACAGAGUGUGCACAUUAGCCAUUACUGACCCUGGAGACUCUGACAUUAUAACAACAUUGCCGGAGGCAACUGCUUAGAUAUAAUAAAAACUAGUUCAUACUA